AUGGUCAUCGCCCUCGGCAGCGGCCGCCUCUCCGGUGAGCUCCGGCCCCUCGGCGGCGAGGAGCCGCGGGCGCUGGGCGGCGGUAGGAUGAUCGCCGGCUCCUGGCCGCCCCGCAGCCUGGCCAAGCUGGGCCCGGCGGGCGCCCCGUCGGAGCUGCCCCCCACCGGCCCCGCGGCCGCCAACGACUCGCAGUGCGGGGAGCAGAUCCUGAGCUACGGCAACGUGGAGAAGGUCGUCAUCGGGGCCGUCCUCUCCCUCAUCACCCUGCUGACCGUCGCCGGCAACUGCCUGGUGGUCAUCUCCGUCUGCUUCGUGAAGAAGCUGCGGCAGCCCUCCAACUAUCUCAUUGUCUCGCUGGCCCUGGCCGACCUCUCGGUGGCCCUGGCCGUCAUGCCCUUCGUCAGCGUGACCGACCUCAUCGGCGGCGAGUGGAUCUUCGGGCGCCUCUUCUGCAACGUCUUCAUCGCCAUGGACGUCAUGUGCUGCACGGCCUCCAUCAUGACCCUCUGCGUGAUCAGCAUUGACAGGUACCUGGGAAUAACAAGACCUCUCACGUAUCCUGUAAGGCAGAACGGGAAGUGUAUGGCCAAAAUGAUCCUGUGUGUAUGGCUCUUAUCUGCCUCUAUCACCAUACCCCCGCUCUUUGGUUGGGCCAAAAAUGUAAACGAUGAAAAGGUUUGUUUGAUCAGUCAAGACUUUGGCUACACAAUUUACUCCACAGCAGUUGCGUUUUAUAUCCCAAUGUCAGUGAUGCUUUUCAUGUACUAUCAGAUUUACAAAGCUGCUAAGAGGAGUGCUGCCAAACACAAGUUUGCUGGUUUUCCCCGGCCAGAAGAAAUGGAAGGGAUUUCUAUGAAUGGAGCUGUAAAACUGCACAAGGAAUCCGAAGAAUGUACUAACUUUUCACGACUCCUGAAGAAUGACAAGAAAAACAUUUCCAUCUUUAAGAGAGAACAGAAAGCUGCCACUACACUUGGAAUUAUUGUUGGGGCUUUCACCGUGUGCUGGCUGCCGUUUUUUCUCCUCUCAACUGCCAGGCCCUUUAUCUGCGGUACAGCGUGCAGCUGUAUCCCACUGUGGGUUGAGAGAACAUUUCUAUGGUUGGGUUAUGCAAACUCCCUCAUUAACCCUUUUAUAUAUGCCUUCUUCAAUCGGGACCUGAGGACAACUUACCGCAACCUCCUGCAAUGCAGAUAUAGAAAUAUCAACCGGAAACUAUCGGCUGCAGGGAUGCAUGAGGCUCUGAAGCUUGCAGAAAAACCAGAAUUUGUUCUGUAAGGUCACUUAUCCUUUACUAUGGUAAUUUAUUGUUUUGUCACAUUAGCUUUGAUUUGAAAGAGCUAUGGAAAGAAACAGGUUUCUUGAGCGCUGUUAAUAGUCACCAAGACACUGGAGGGUUGCAAGGUUAAUUCCUGCACAGCCCCCCAGUCCUAGUGAGCCUGGAGAAACAAGAUGACAAUCUAAAGAAUUUGGUCACAGGGGAAAAGAACUGAAGUGCUAGAUAUCAGAAAGAGGAGGGUAAAAUGUAGUGCAGGAUUUUUGAGCUGCUAGUGAGGAAAGAGCAAAGUUGCUCGAACCAACCCAUUCCUUUGGCUCCUGGCCCCACAAAACUUUUAGUAGCUCUGAAUAUUGGAUGCAGCUUGUAUCCUAGAGAAUUUUGCUGUAAUAAAGACCAAUGAAUGGUGAAAAGUUCAGUAGAACUCAU